AUGGCUCCCUCUAAAGCCCCAGCAACGAGCUGGAGCGACGAAGACAGCGACUCCAGCGCCUCGGAUGCGCCCGCCGUCUCAGCCCCGGUGGUGCGACGUGGCCGCUUCGAAGACGAGGAGGAAGAGGAAGUCCUGGACGACUGGGAGGAAGAGGAAGACAGCGAGGUCGAGCGCGAGAAGGCCAAGAAAGCCGCCGCAGUAAAAGCCACAGACGAAGCCAAGGCGAAAGCGGCGAAGAAGUCUAAGAGCCAACGCAUCGAGGAGCACAUUGAAGAGAAGCGGAAACAGAAGGAUUCCCUUCUCGAACUGGAUAGCGACGACGAAGACGACGACGACGCGACCCGACGAGCACGCGCGCGAGCGAGCGAGAAGGAAGCCGAUCUCGAAGUAGCCGGCGACCUCUUCGGCGGCGUCGGUGGCGUGAAUCCUAACCGCGGCGCCAAACCCGUCACCGUCCUCUCCGACGCCGACUCAAGCAACGCCAUCGACCUCUCCAACCUCCCCCUCUUCUCCCCCACCACGCCCCAACAAUUCCACGACCUGCGGGAAACCCUCACCCGCCUCCUCACAGCCAACGCCAAAAAGCCACAGUACGCGCUCUUUCUUCCUGAAUUCACGAAAGCGCUAUGCAGUGGAUUGAAUGCAGAGCAAGUGCGGAAGAUCGGCGCGGGAUUGAAUACUCUGUCCAACGAGAAGAUGAAGGAGGAGAAGGCGGCGGAGAAGGGGGGCAAGAAGUCCAAGGCGGCCAAGACGAAGACGAGUUUGGUGGCCAAUAGGGAUGUGGGGAGGAGUGCGGAUACGGCGCUUUAUGAUGAUGGGGGGCUUGAUGAUGGUGAUUUUAUGUGA